CACAGUCCCCUCAAACUUGAGAUUUCAACCAUUCUGUCUUUGCUGAGGACCAGAGCAAGCACUCACCUACUUUUAUAAGCUAAUUUGUAGCCGGCUAUAGGUCACAGUGUGCUCAGUGAAUGAGAUGUCUUCAUGGAUCAAAACACUAAAUCUGCUGCUUUGUCUGUCUACUUUAUAUGGAGAAGCAGCACACCUUAGGAUUGGUGUUCCAGAAAACUAUGAUGGUAUUUUCCCUUGGUACCUAACCAAGUUGCCUGAUCUUCCCUUAACAUAUGCUGAUCUGAUGGUGAGCGGUGAUGAUGAGGGCAUUUUUGGAGUAGAGUCAGGUUUCUUGUAUGCCUUAAAACCUCUGGACCGGGAGAAGAAACCAACAUACUCCCUUCAAGUUUCUUUCACGGCAUCCAUGCACCCACAGAGCUUUAGUGUAGAGGUGUGCGUCAUCGAUAAGAAUGACAACGUACCCAUGUUCCUGCAAGAGAGCAUGCGAGGCACUGUUCAACUUGGCCUGCUGAGAGGGAUCCCGUUCAUGCAGGUGGGCGCUUUAGACCGUGAUGACCGAAACACACCCCAUGCUGAUCUGCGUUUUCGCCUUCUAGACCAGAUGCCUCGCAUCCCGGCCAGUCACAUGUUCCACAUAGAUGCCACCAGUGGGGAGGUGUCUCUCACAGAGGAUGGUGCUUCUGCUCUGGACCCUGAAAUGUGUGGCCGCUAUAAACUUUCAGUAAUGGUCCAGGACAUGGGUGGGAAGGCCAAUGCUUUCUUCUCCACAGGCACAGUGUUGGUGGAGGUGACCGGGAACACAUGGGCUUCCCCCGACCCGGUCCGAUUGCAAGAGAACCUGCCAGGCCCAUACCCUAUCCCCAUCUCUCAGGUGAAAUGGAGUGGGAGUUUGGUAGAGUACAGCCUGGAGGGAGAGUUUCCAGAGAUGCUUUUUACCAUAAGUAGAGAAGGAGUCAUCUACUUGAAUGCCCCUCUUGACCGAGAAACCCAAGAUCAGUUCCUGAUCAGCAUAGUAGCAGAGAGGCCAGAUGGCAGAAAGAUUGCAAAGCCGGUAGAGCUGAGGGUCAUGGUGGGAGACACCAAUGACAACAGACCAACCUUCCCACAGUUGCAGUAUCACACAGUUGUCAAGGAACUCGCACAGAAAGGAACUGAAAUUCUCACAGUCCAGGCGGCUGAUAACGAUGACCCCAAAACGGAUAAUGUGAGGAUUUUUUACAGAUUGGCAGGGCAGGUACCAGAAAGCCCACGCCAACUUUUCCGUGUGGACCGAGAUUCCGGAGUGAUCACAGUGCAAGCUGACAACAUGGAGGGCACAGCACCACAGUACACACUCACAAUCAUCGCCGAGGAUGCUAAAGGGUUAAACAGCUCCUGCACUGUGAUAGUUAAAGUUCUGGAUGAGAACAACAAUGCACCUGUCUUCUCUCAGCAUGAGUAUGGCCCAUUUCACUUGGCAGAGGAUGCCCCGAUGGGUACCACUGUGACGGCGGUGGCAGCAUGGGAUGCUGAUGAGUGGGGUGGGGACAGCUGGCUGGUCGACUAUCGACUCGAUUCAGGAAAUGAGGAUGAGGUCUUCUCUUUGGUGACGGACAAACAAACUAAUGAGGUCUCUCUUGUUCUCUCUAAGGUGCUGGAUUUUGAGAGGGAGAGUGAGUACAUUCUGGUGCUGAGUGCUCAGAACCCUGUGGCCCUGGUGAGGGGAAGGUAUGGCCCUGCAUCAACUGCCACGGUCUCCAUCUUCAUUGAUGACAUCAACGAGGGCCCCGUUCUGUCACAGAGUCACUACGAGGUCAAUGUAAGGGAGGGUGAGGAGCCUGGGAGGGUCAUAGCUACAAUUAGGGCUUAUGACCCUGACUCGCAUCCAAUCAGGUACUCACUGAGAGGGGACACAAAGAAAUAUUUCUCGAUUGGGAAGUACUCAGGAGAGCUGAAGACAGUACAGGCAUUGGACAGAGAGGAGAACAGUACCUACACCAUGGAGGUGGUGGCUGAGGAUGGACGUAACUCAUCUUUGUCCGCCUCUACGCUAGUGACAGUUCAUAUUCUGGAUGUAAAUGAUAACAGCCCUGUUUUGGUUGGUGAUUACUCCUGGAAGUACCUUUGCACUCCACGCUUGGAGGACCAAGCCCUGGUACUGGCGUCUCGGGACAGUGAUGGACCACAGCACGGUGGCCGCCUUAACUUCUCACUCAGCAGCGACCCCACUGUGCGACGCAACUGGAAACUCACACCCAUUAACGACACUCACACCAACCUGUCUCUGAAUGUUGACUAUCUGACCCCUGAUGUAUACACUGUGCCCUUCACCAUCUCAGAUAGCAGCUCUCCUCCCAGAAGCACCUUCAUUAACUUGCCUGUAACUGUGUGCACAUGUAAUGUGAGAGGGAAUUGCCGCACCGCAGCGAAGCAACUUGCAGGGAUGCCCACCAUCCAAUCCACACUGGGAGUCCUCCUCGGGACACUGGGAGUUAUAGGUAUCAUACUGAUAGUCAUAUUUGUGAGACUGUCCUACCAGAAACCUCCACCUACUGCAAAAGCCAAUCAGGAGACAUCACCUCUUCAUGUCUCACUGUAACUCAUCAUACAGUUGGACCUGUUGUUUAGCAUACACUUACUGUAUAACUUAAAAGCAGCAAUAAAUGUUUCCCCUCUAUCAUGCUUUGCUUGAUGGUAGAUUUUACAACAUUUAUUUCUUCAUCUUAAUCCUCAUCCUUAUCAUGUAGUGCCCUUGCACUGGUUUUUGGCAUCCUGUACUGAAACCACAUUUACCAUAUUUAAUCUAAUCUUAUGAAAGGUUAAUUAAGAAGCUAAUGGAAAUGUAUAGUGUAAGAUGACCAAUAGUGCAGGACUGUAAAAUAUAACUAUAGGUAACUUUAUAUAUAGUAACUUUUCUACUGGUACUGUAGACUAGUGUUUAUUGUUAUUUAUAUAGUAUAUAGUCAUACACCGAUCAGCCAUAACAUUGUGAUCACUGGCAGAUCACAUACAGAAGCAAACUGCAACCCGAUGACAAGAUUAUGUGCACUCAAGGCUCAACCAUAACCAUGGGGACCAAAAGCCAGCCUGUCAGGCCAAUCCCACAGGAAAGAAAAUGCAGCACCAACCAAUGAAUAUAGUACGUCCUGGCCAUGAUAGAAAGCUACCAAAACACCCAAUGCAUUAGAGCCCACCAUGCAUUGGGCAUGCAUCAAGUUGAAUCCAUGGACGCCUAGAGAUCUUGUAGAGUCUGGAGUUGCCCUGCUUCAUGCACUGUGUUGUAAUGUUAUAGCUAAUCGGUAUAUGUAUAUAGUUAUAAUCUUCCUUCUGUACAUUUAGGAUUAGCAAGGUUAUCUGUUGUUUACUUAA